GAGUUAGAGCAGGAGAUGGAACAAGAAGAAGAAGAGCAUCAUCAUGACGAAGUUGUCGAACACCUCGACUGUAUAGGUGAGUGUGUCUCGACCAUUUCCCACCUCGCCAACGCCGCCAACACCAUUCUCAUCCCUCCAAUCUUCUCAUCAACCCGCAAGCCUGUCGUCGCAUUGCCGCAGAUAUCUCUUCUGCCUUCAGACAGCCAGGCCCAGCUCCUACCGGAACAUGACCAGGCCGAUCGGGCAGAGAAAGGCAUGGUCAUUGGGAUCGUGCCUGGUGAAGCAAGGCCAGACGAACUCGACCUCCAUGUUGAGCAUGUCCUUCGCAAACGCGACCAGGCGAAGCGAGCGCUCAGGGGUCUAUGGGCGUUCUUGAAGACCCCUAUGGGAAUACUCACAGCCAUUUACGGGUUUCUUGUCGCCUUUUGGGGCGCGGCCAUUGUACUCUUCCUCUUGCAUUGGAUCAAUCUGCAUAACGAUUAUUACCAAAAGCUAUGGAUCGAGAUCACUUGCCAAGUUGAAAAUGGGUUGUUUACGAUUACCGGUGUUGGACUGAUACCAUGGAGAGUAAUCGAUACCUACCGCAUUGUUCGCAUUACACAUUACAAGAUACUGUCUCGCAAAAUACGGAAACAACGUGGCAUGAAGGCCUUGAAUGACGAAAAUGAUAUCCCUGAUCCCGAGAACGGUGCACUCACAGAAGAAGCCGUGCUGCCUGAAGCCCAGCAGAAGGCGCUUAGAUACCAACAAGAAAAAUUCAUGAAAAGCCAAACCUGGUAUAGGCCCCACGAAACCGAGACCCAUCGCGCGUUCUCUAUCACGACCGCUCUGUGGAUCUGUCUCCUUAUCGACGGCAAUUCGAUUUUCCAAUGCAUGCUAUGCGGCACCAUGUGGGGCCUCAACAUGUACAAUCGCCCUGCCUGGACCACGGGCAGUCUCGUCCCUCUCAGCUUCCUUUGCGGUAUUGCCGCUGCCGUCCUCAUUUGGAAAGGCGGGGAUAGAACAAAAAAGGUCGAAGAGGUUGAGGGGAAAUUCAGAGAUGCUCUCGGCGUACCUGAAAAGGAGCAGUGUGUGAAGAAAAGCUCAAGCCUCAUGCGCCUGUUUACAAAGGGAAGCAACUCGGCAAGACAGGAGGCGAACAGUGCGCAGCAGGUUGCACAGUGUGACGCAGGGCCCUCGACACGUACAUGAUGACUUGCUCCACAACAUAAAAACACUAGAUUGGAUGAAGGU